CUCUUUCGUCCCUGCCACAACAUAUGACCGUCGAGUUACCGUACGACAUUUGGGUCGAGGUCGUUUGUCAUGUUGAAGAUCAAUGCGACCUGAUCCACUUCUGCCGUACCAACUCUAUGCUCAGCCAACUUACGACAAGGCGCUUAUACACCUCGGUUUUCUUCGAUAAUAUCGUGGAAAUAGCAAAAUUCUAUCGCACCGUCGGGGGGAAUGACCUCUUAGCCGCACACGUUAUUGCCUUGCAACUGGACUUGCAGAGGUAUGCAUCCUUCGUCAACAUAUCAUCUUAUCGAAGACACGGCUGCCUGCGAGCGCCUAGCUAUCUGCGCCUUAUCUUUCGGUUAAUCGGGAACCUACCUAACCUGAAGGAGCUCAAGUUCGGUUCCCAUCUCACGGACGAGCUUAUGUCUCAAUCUUUCUCAAUCAAUCUUGGACAGAUGCGGCCCCGCCUAACGAACUUCACGUUCACCAGAUUGCUCGAAUGUUCAGCCCUUCCUGUCCUCCGCUCCCAAUCCUCCUUAGAAUCUCUUUGCCUGCACUACUUUACCGCCACUAACUCCGUGGUCGAGCUUGCAGAUCUAUCAUCCGAUGCGAUUCCCCGACUGCGCCGUUUUAUUUGUGAUAGUCCUUCGUCUAUCCCGCUAGUACGAGGACGACCGGUCGAAGAAUUUUGUCUGAUGGGCAAUGGACCAUUUACCGCCAUCAACCCAGGUCACCUGUCGUUCUAUCUGGCACAUUUGAGGAACGCUUCUUCCAGAUGCCUACAGAAGUUGGAACUCAGUAUCCAGCCAAUAGAUUCUACGGUCCUGCCUCAAAUUGAACACGCCCUUCCGGACAUCAUGGAACUUUCUAUCUCGACACGUGAGCCAGUACAGUGGGUGCUACCAGCUCUCACUUCUUCCCGAACGCUAGACGCGUUUCGAGGAUUUACUCAACUGCAUACAUUCAAGUUCUACGCGACCAAUACUGGCGCCCUGACUCGCAACGAUCUUCAUGCAGCUAUGGACCCGAUCUGUGAUGCGUGUGAUACCCUGAAGAUGAUCGAAAUACAGGAAACAGGGGCCUACAAGAACUUUUUUGCGCUCUGA